AUGAUUUUGGAAAGCAGCAGCUACUUUUUAGCACAAUUUGGUCCCCAGACGCUACAGAGGAGUGUGAAUGGGUUCUCCCCAGCGAGGGAAGGGGGAGAGCUGACGCUAGGCCUUUUUUCCCCUUUUACCUGUUUUUUUUUUUCUCUUUCACUCAACCUUUCCUUCUCUGUCUCUUGGCUCUCUCCCAAACCUAGGUACCAUUACCCAGUGCCUAAGGUAUUUUAUGUGCAGCUGACAGUGGGGAGCAACGAGUUUAUCGGAGAGGGGCGGACUCGCCAAGCUGCCCGACACAAUGCGGCCAUGAAAGCCCUUCAGGCCCUGAAGAACGAACCCAUUCCAGAAAGACCAACUCAGUGUUCAGAGGAGAAGAAAGAAACAGAGGAAAACAGCGAUGCAAGUAAAUCUGAGAUCAGUCUGGUCUAUGAGAUCGCCCUGAAGAGGAACCUGCCUGUUAGUUUUGAGGUGCUGAAGGAGAGUGGACCCCCACACAUGAAGAGUUUCCUCACACGCGUGACGGUGGGGGAGUUCUCGGCCGAGGGUGAGGGGAAUAGUAAGAAACUCUCCAAAAAGAGAGCAGCUCUCUCCAUCUUACAGGAACUGAAGACACUGCCAGUCCUUCCUGUGGUAGAGAAACCCAAAGUGCAUUACAAGAAGCGGCCCAAGACCAUAUUAAAGACAGGACCAGAAUACGGACAGGGCAUGAACCCUAUUAGCAGACUGGCUCAGAUUCAACAGGCCAAAAAGGAGAAGGAGCCCGAAUAUAUGCUGCUUUCAGAGAGAGGAAUGCCCCGCCGUAGAGAAUUCAUCAUGCAGGUGAAAGUAGGUACCGAGGUCACUACAGGAACUGGUCCCAAUAAGAAAGUGGCCAAGCGUAAUGCAGCGGAGGCCAUGCUUCUUCAACUGGGCUACAAGGCGUCUACACCAUUACAGAACACACCGGAAAAGAUGGACAACAAAGGCUGGAAUGGACAAAGGGCUGCUUUUCCUGAAACAACAACCAACACUCAAAAAGGAAUUCUUCACCUCUCCCCGGAUGUGUAUCAAGAAAUGGAAGCAAGCAGGAAUAAGGGAGUCCCUGGUUCCCCUGGAAACUAUCUGACACCCAAAGACAUUGGCCAAGGUUCCGCAGGGCCAUUCUACACCCCAUCAGUGGGAAACACCGCAGCCAUUGCGAGAGAGCUGCUCCUGAGCGGGACGUCACCCACCGCUGAGGCCCUGGUCCUGAAGGGGAAAGCACCUGCUUUGGCCUGUGGCUCCAUCCAGCCUUCCCAGCAGCUGGAGUAUUUAGCCCAUAUUCAAGGCUUCCAGGUGCAAUACUCAGAUCGGCAAACUGACAAAGAGUUCAUGACCUACCUGACCCUCUCACCUGUGCAGAUGACUUUCCACGGCAUUGGGAGCUCCAUUCCAGCUAGCCAUGACCAGGCUGCUCUUAGUGCCUUGAAACAGCUGUCAGAACAAGGACUGGACCCAGUGGAUGGACCAAUCGAGGUGGAAAAUGGAUCAUGUGACAUCCAAGCGAAACGUCUGGCCGAGAGGACAGAUAACAAACCGACUAACUCAGGCACCACUGCUCAGGACUGCAAGGAUUCAAAGGCCGUCGUCUAGGAGCUGAUCCCACCCUUCUGCCCCGAAAGCCCCCACGACCGCCGCUGCAUCCUUCUACACGUGUCAACAUGCAAUAUGGUGGAUGUGUCCCAUGAAUACGAAAUGACAAAAAAAAAAUGCAUUCUUUGAGUCUAUGUGAAGACAACACUAUCUUAACACAACAUUUAUUUACUCUCGAGUUAACUAAAAAGAGCAAGCAAGUGAACUUAAAAAAAAUUGAUAAAAAUGUAAUGCAUGGUAAUGUUUGAAAAUCAAGGGAAAUUUCCCCAUUUAAUAGAUGUUUGAAUAUUAUUUUCACCUUGCCUCGAAGUGAUAUGGAUUUAAACAGGCUUAUGUCAUGCCAUUAGUAUAAACAAAACAUUAUUGGGGAAAACAAAGUUGUGUAUCUUAGUUGGGGGGGUUAUAUUAUUUUCCUUUUCUCUUUAAUCUAUGAAUAAUAAUGCUUGAGUAUUUAAGUAUUAACCAAUGCCAGUGCUGUGAAGUCGUAGUUGUUGUCUUCAUAUAUAGUCACCCUGCUUACCGUGUAUGCUGACAUAAAGCAUUCAUCUAUCUAUAUGGAUGUACAUGACUUGUAGAAAAUCAUACGCAGAGGAAAAGAAAAACAUAUACUACGAGUGUAAACCAAUGGAUAAAGCUGAUGCUAGAGGUGAACAGCACAGGAUCACGGCGAAACAGCUGAUACACGGUAUCCAGUUGAACAAACUUGCCUCUUGCCUUCUAUAAAGUUCCUUGAAAUGAGAAUUUCAUUCAAGAUUCUUGACAGAAACACAAGAGGCCCUGCGUAGUGAUCCGUGCCUCUUUAGCAAAGUCCUGUUUGAUGAUUGUUCUCUUCUUCCUUCGGUUUUGUCCAGCACAUCUACACCUAUGUUGUGUGUUGUAUUGACUCGAUACAUCAACUGAGUGCUUUUAAGGACUGCAUUCUGGAGAAAAGAGAGGCUAUAGACAGGCUGUCUUUUCGAAACGAAAGAGUCGUAGAAUUAUCUGAAACUGGUAACUCACUGGAAGAGUGUUUUUCUCUCCCUUAAGAUAUACAGUUUCAUAACAGACUUGUCAGUUACUUAAAAUGCAGUAAAAUCACAUCAGUUCAUGUUGAAA